GCAGGCUACUUGAGCAGCCACUAUCAGCUUGACAAGAAAGGCAGGCGCUUGCUUCAAGAGUGAAAGGAAGAAACUCCCUUCUAUGUUUGUGGUCAGUGCCCACGGAUUUGAUGCAUGGCACGAUGACGGCAGACCAUAAUGAGCGGGAUUCGGCGAAGCAGGUUGCAAAACCAGCCCUGGCUCCACGAGGUGUUUUCUAUAAUAUAAAGUUUUUUGUGCUUUGUCAUGGAAUACUACAACUUUCUCAGCUACUGGUCUCCGGUUAUUUAAAAGCUUCAAUAUCUACGAUUGAGAAAAGGUAUGGCCUCACCAGUCAGAAAUCAGGACUAUUUGCCGCUUUCAAUGAGGUUGGAAACACAAUUCUUAUUGUGUUUGUGAGUUUCUUCGGGGCACGUGUGCACAGGCCUCGGUUCAUUGGUGUCGGAGCCAUUAUAGCAAGUGCUGGCGUCUUUGUCAUCGCAGUGCCACAUUUUCUUAGCGGACCUUAUGAAUUCUCUGUUCUACUCAACAGUACCAACAAUACCAGCUCUGAAAUGUGCCGAUUAAAGGCCCAUAACUGUAGUCAGCAGGAUAUUGUGGUUCAGGAAGACGUGUUCCCCAUAUUACUUCUGGGCCAGCUACUCUUGGGGAUUGGUGGCGUCCCAAUUCAGCCCUUUGGAAUCUCAUACAUUGAUGACUUCGCUAAUAAGCGGAAUUCACCGAUUUAUCUGGGCAUACUUUUUGCGGUGACUGUGAUUGGUCCAGCUUUUGGCUAUCUUUUGAGUGCUGUCAUGCUUCGUUUCAAUGUGGAUAUUGACAAGCUUCUGGAUGAUUCCGCCAGGAUAGAUAGAAGUGAUCCACGAUGGAUUGGAGCAUGGUGGCUGGGCUUUCUUGUGGCUGCUUCUUUGCUUUUCCUCAGUUCCAUUCCUUACUUCUUCUUCCCAAGGACAAUGCCAAAACAGGAAACGACGGGGAAUGAUCAAAUCUCCAAGCAGGAAGAAGCAUUUAAUGUGGAAAAACCAAAACCGGACCAGGUCCGACAACCCACCCUCUUACAGUUCAUUAAGAGUUUUCCCAUCACACUGAUGAGAACACUGCGCAGCCCCAUAUAUCUGCUGGUGGUCGUGGCUCAGAUCCACUUGGCUGCCAUGGUGGCUGGUCUGGCCACUUUCAUGCCCAAAUUCAUCGAAAAACAGUUCAGGGUUACGGCGUCAUUCUCCAACAUCAUGAUUGGUGGUUUGAACAUUCCCUCAGCUACAUUGGGUAUAAUGACGGGAGGGAUCGUUCUCAGAAGGUUUGGUCUGUCUGUGAGAGGAUCGGCUCUAAUGUGCACAAUCUGUGUCCUGGUAUCCAUCCUGUUUGCUUUGCCCCUCCUUUUCCUGGGUUGUCCCACACAACCAAUCGCUGGACUAACCAGUCAAAAGGACAGUCCCCUUGACUGUGGAACACCAUGCUCAUGCUCGGAUGGAGACUUUAAUCCCAUCUGUGGAUCAAAUGACAUUGAAUUCAGGUCUCCAUGUCAUGCAGGCUGCAGAACGUCAAUAUUUGAUGGCAGAAAUGUUGUGAACUACACAGACUGUGGGUGUGUGGGGCAGGAGAGCCUGAGUUACGCAGUACCUGGGGGCUGCAGCAAGAGUUGCACUCAUCUCCUCCUCCCAUUCAUGGUCCUGUCAUCUAUAACCUGCUUCGUCGCCUCUCUUUCUCAGACGCCUUCCUUCAUGAUGAUCCUGAGGACGGUCACACCAGAGUCUAAAUCCUUUGCCCUUGGAGUUCAGUUCAUGCUUUUCCGAGUGCUAGCAUUUUUGCCAGCACCUGUUGUGUAUGGAAAGGCAAUAGACACCACUUGCAUUCUUUGGGGAAAGAGAUGUGGUAAACCAACAGCAUGUCAAUACUACAAUCUGGAUAUGUUCAGGCAAAGAUUUUUAGGUCUUCAAACAUUCUGCAUAUUUGGAGGAUUCGUCUGCUUCCUCCUGUCUGUCGUCGUCCUCAACAAAAUGGCAUCAAAAACAGCGAACACACAUCAAACACAAAGAGCAAGCUUGCUAAAGAGGGAGGAUGGCAAAUAACAACAUCUAAUUAAGUAGCUGUUGAGUGAUAAGUCAAGUCAUGGUUGAGCUCAUGACCAAACUAUAAAAAAACCUGCAUUUGAUGUGAAGAGGCUGAUGGGAACUAAGGAUGUGUAACUUUUUUUAAUUUUGAAGAAUUUACCCAUUUAGUUUUAAAGACAGAUGCUAUUUGCACCCAGGAGGGCUUAUAUUGUCAUUCACAGACGUUAAAUAGCCACUGUUGCUAUUAAGAGACAUGCCAUUCAGGUGUUUGUGUCACAAAAGCUUUUCACACCCACAGGGUACAGCAUCUACAUGUAAGUGGGCAGACACCGGGGUGGGCAUUCGAAAGAGUUUUACACGGGCGCUCAGUGUAUGGUUUCUACAAGUUAGAUGGCCAAAAAGGUUAUACGACUGUUGCGAUGUCACAUCUGCAGCAGCCAGAGACAGCCUGACAUCCCUUACUAAAAACAUAUAGUAGAAAAACGCCUUAUGUGUACUUGCUGUAAGUAAGCAUUCACACACAUGCCAUGUACUGCAGUUGAAACUUUUUAAAAACACUUUUCUCUAUUUUAUCUUGUGUGAAUGUUAUAUUUUACUUUGUUGUGAAGCACUUUGAAGUCCACUGUUGUGUUUAAAUAUGCUAUAAAAAAUAAAGUGACUUGACUACGGGGACAAUAUAAUAACGUGCCAUAUAGGAAUUGCAUAGUCUACAGUAUAUUAAUAAUGUUGUAAGUUUUAUAUAUAGGGUGUUCCCACAGUUUAUACACACUUAAGAUCAUUGUGAAGUGAGUGGCUUUUCAGAUUCUCAAAGUGCAAUUGCAUUGCUUUUUCACCACACCUUUUCAAAAAUUGAUACAGUAUGCUCUCUUGGAAUGCUUUCCCCCCCUUUUAAUGGCUGAAUUCAAUUUCAGUUACUGUUUCAGGUCUCAUAGUGCAGGCAUUCAUUCGUCAUCAGUUUGAGAAUAAGGGGUGACAAAACGUUAGGCUUAUUGCAAAUUAUAUUGCACUACAAUUUCGAGUUUCAUUACUAACUUGCUUUUAGAAUGGAAUAAUGAGUUCAAUGGCCAAAGUCUUCCAUUUCAAGCACCUCUGUCCUCUGUUGAAAGCCCAAGCAUUUCCAAAUAUCAUGCGUAACCAUCUCUUGAGUUAGCUAAUACAGACUGGGAUUAUCCACUGGCUGUAAGGGCCGCCGCACACCGGCUCAGACAAAGUGCAGAGCACUGCUCCGCUAAAGUUCGAUUCCCUUUUUUUCAAUGCACACCGGCACCGAUGUCCGUGGUUAGUGAUUAGAGACCAGUUCUAUUUUGUCGGAGCCGCUCAUUGACUAUCCAUUCUCUGCUGUGGUGAAAUCGUCUGCGGGGGUCGGAAUUGUGUCGGAAGUGAAAGUGCUCCGUAGUGCUGUCGGAACCGAUGUGUGGAGGCCCUUACAGUGACACUGCUGCCAUUGAUCUUGCUGUGAUGUGAUAACAUUUAAUCUCAUUUUUAUUGGCGUCUGGAAAAGCAAAACUGUAGCCUACAAAUAUAUUUUUGUAACGACUAUUAUAUUUACUCACUUGUUUGUCAUACCUUAUAUUUUUUUUACAUUUUGUUAUUUUUGAACUCCCAUGAACUUUGGAAUUGGUACCUGUGCAUACACUGUUUAACAGUAUACUUUUUCCCUUGACAUGGGCAUAAACAUAGGAAAUGUUUAAUUUUUUCACUACUAAUACCCAGGGUGCAAAUAUAUGCUCAGGUUUUUUUUUAACUUCUAACAGGCGAGGAACUAUAACCAAACUGUGAAUGUUUGUAUGUUCAUUAUAUCCUUUUAUUUUUUUAAAGAAAUGUAAGAUUGUGCAGUUCUCAUUUGAAAUAAAAAGAAGCAAUAAAAGAUGUGCAAUCAACUUUACAGCAUUUUAGGGUUUUUGUUUGUUUGUUUGUUUUGUUAUCCUGUAUGGAGAAAAAUGCAUGAACGAUAACAGUGCAUUCAUUUUGUAAGAUAAGGUAACAGAAAGAAAGAAGGCAAGUCUUCAAGAAGUUAAUUUGUCAUACUUAAUCACACAUUCAGGUAGUGAGAAUGAAAUAUCCAUUGAGAAGAAAACACUGUUGUGUGCAUGUCAGCAUUGUGAGCAAUCAGAAAACAUUUCACAGCAUUAUGCGUUGUACAGUAGUUUCUUUAGAAACACAAUUUAUUUCGGAAUAAUAAGGUAAUUCAAAAAGAAUGAAUCAAUUUCACGCCUCAUUAUAUCAGAUCUCGAUCAUAGUCAUGAAAUGGUUAUUUGAAAGAUUAUUUGUCAGAGAGAGGCCGCUAGAGCAGUGUUGCCAGAUGUGUCUGAUCAAAUCCCGCCCAAAAGAUUCUCAAAAACCACGAAAAUGUGCUAAAUUCAGACCAAUUUCAACAAAUUGCAUUGAUUUCUAUGGGCAC